AUGAAUCAAUCAACCGCUGAUUUGGGACAGGACGCAGUGGCUAUUCGUGAACGACAAAUAGCCGCCAUAAUCAUAUUUAUUAUAGCAUUACCUGGCACAUUUUGCAACGCAUUGGUGGCGCUCUUCUGCCGUACUUUGCCGACUCUCAACAAUCCUUUUGGACGACUGACAGCCAGCCAAUCUACUGGAGAAAUGAUUCUUUGCGCAAUGUUUGCCUUCUAUUACGUUCCAAUGGUCUUCUUUGAUAUUGGCGUCAUGAAGGACAACUCUGGUUAUGUUGGUGCAAUCCUCCUGGUCUGCUAUGAUAUUGUCAUAUUCUCCCAUUUGGUUAUUGCCAUUAAUCGCAUGUCCGCUGUUUUCUUCCCAUUGCACUACACUGAUCACUUCAGGUGA